UUGCUGGAUGGACGAGAUUUGCACUGCCCUUGCAGUCCUGCUGAUACAAAAAUGCCUUUAAGAUCCUGCCUUUCCCAUCCUAAUCUACAAAGGAAACAGGAAAAAGGAACUUAAACUCCCUGUACUCAGACAGCAAUGAGACUGUUCCAGCCUGCGCCAGUGCUCUGAUUUCUUGCCUGUGACUUGUAAACAGCGUACCAUGCAGGACAAGAGUAACUGCUAAAAGUCUACACCGGGGAAAGGAUACUCCAUGAGCGACUGUAAGAACUGGAUGGAUACACUUUGGAAAGCAUGGACCCUCUAGCACACCUAGUUCUCUAUGGAUUCAGCCUGUUGAUUUCAGGUAAAGUAGAAGCGGCACUGGACCUUAUACUGAUCAAUUCCUUCCCUCUGGUGGGCAACUCUGAGACAUCACUUAUCUGUGUCACUUCCAAAUGGCGUUCCCGUGAGUCUAUCACAAUAGGCCGGGACCAGGAGGAUGUGGCAAGCCAGCACCGAGAACCACUGGAAGUUAAUGAAGAUUCCAAGAGAGCAGCAGCCAAAACAGUGGUGUGGAAGAGGGAACAGGCCAGUGAAACUAUUGGAGCAUAUUACUGUGAAGCGAAACUCAAGGAUGAGGUGACAAGGAUACACACCAUGAAGAUGCCACUGGGAGCUUCGUUCCACCCAAUGGCAUUAACUGUUACAGCAAAUAAGGGAGAGCAUGUGAACAUCUCCUUCAUCAGAAUGGCAUCAAAAGAGGAAGAUGCAGUGAUCUACAAGAAUGGCUCCUUCAUCCACUCUGUGCCCAGGCAUGAAGUACCGGGAGAACUGGAAGUCUCCUAUCCUCAAGUUCAACCACAGGAUGCUGGGAUUUACUCUGCCAGAUAUAUAGGAGGAAACCUUUUCACUUCUGCUUACACAAGGCUUAUUGUAAGACGAUGUGAAGCUGAGAAAUGGGGCCCUUCCUGUAGCUUCCACUGCCCUUCCUGCACAAACAAUGGCAUUUGUCAUGAAGAUACUGGGGAAUGCAUCUGUCCUCCAGGUUUUAUGGGAAAAACAUGUGAGAAAGCUUGCGGAGCCAACACUUUCGGUAAAACAUGUGAAGAGACCUGUAAAGAAAAUUACGGCUGCAGAAACUUUAUGUUCUGUCUACCAGAUCCAUAUGGUUGUUCUUGUGCCACAGGAUGGAUGGGACUGGAAUGUGAUAAAGAAUGCAAACCUGGGUUUUAUGGGUCAGACUGCAAACUCAAAUGUAAUUGCCACAAUCGAGGAACAUGUGACAGAUUUAAGGGCUGCAUCUGCUCCUUUGGAUGGCAUGGUCUGCAAUGUGAAAAAAAAGGUUCAGCAGAUCUUUCGCCUCAGAUAGUAAAUUUACAAGAUCCUGUGGAACUCAAUUCUGGCGUCGAGUUCAAGCCAUUUUGUAUAGCAACAGGGAUGCCACUUCCUAAAUCUGAAGAAUUCAAACUCUUGAAGCAAGAUGGAACUGUCCUAAGGCCUGAUGAAAUUUCUACCAGUAACCGUUCUGAAGCCAUGUUUAGAAUUAAUCGAAUCCUGCCCGGUGAUACAGGAACUUGGGUUUGCAGUGUGCAGACAGUAGCAGGAAUGGCAGAGAAACCAUUUCAAGUUACAGUCAAAGUUCCUCCUGUGCCACAAUAUGCCCCAAGGCUGACAGACAGAGGACAUAAUUUUCUCAUAAUUGAUAUCAACGCUGAGUUACACAAUGGAGAUGGACCUGUUGUGUCAACAAAACUUCUGUACAAGCCAGCCAAACGUUAUCAGUCCUGGAUGUCUGUGGAAGUAAAAGGCACAACUAAAAGACUGGACAAUCUGGAACCCAAAACUGAAUAUCAGUUCUGUGUUCAGCUGAGUCGGCAAGGGGAAGGUGGGGAAGGCCAUCCUGGACCACAGGCCAGCUUCACAACGGCUGCACUUGGUCUUCCUCCACCAGAAGGUAUCACUCUCUUUCCAAAAAGUAUGACAUCACUGAAUUUGUCAUGGCAUCCUUUAACACUGAGGACAGAGGAUGAUAUUCGUGUUGAAGUGGAAAGGAAGAGCGUGAAUGACAACGGUGACGAGAGCAGUGUUAUUACUCAAGUGCCAGGAAAUAUGUCCACCUUGAUCAUUAAAGAUCUUGAGCCUAGACAGCAAUACAUGUGCAGGGUACGGGUGAACACCAGGUCCCAAGGAGAAUGGAGCAACUAUCUGUAUGCAUGGACUUUCAGCGACAGAAUCCCUCCUGCACCAAACAACGUCAGGUUUUCUAACACCACAGACACAUCCUCAGUCAUCUCUUGGACAGCUGCCGAGGGUCAUUCCAUCUCCUCCAUCAUCAUCAGCUACAAAAUUUACGGGAAGGCUGAGCACAACCACAUUGAUAUUAUCAUCAAGAACACCAGCAUUACUCAAUAUCACCUCAAGGGCCUCGAGCCAGAUACUGUAUACCAGGUUCAGAUUAAUGCUCAGAACAACAUUGGCUUGAGCAACCCAAACACAUCGUUUGAACUGAAGACUCUUCCAGAAACUAAAGCUCCAUAUGAAUCAAAAGGAGGCAAAAUGCUGCUUAUUGCUAUCCUCGGCUCUGCAGGGAUGACCUGUGUAACAAUUCUCCUGGCCUUUCUCAUCAUGCUGCAGUUAAGGCGAGCCAACUUCCAGCGUCGAAUGGCUCAGGCUUUCCAAAAUGUGGUGAGGGAAGAGCCAGCUCUGCAGUUUAACUCAGGUACUCUGACUCUGAGCAGGAAAGCCAAAAACAGUCCAGAUCCUACUAUUUAUCCAGUUCUUGAAUGGAAUGACAUAAAAUUUCAAGAUGUGAUUGGGGAAGGUAACUUUGGGCAAGUCCUGAAAGCACGCAUUAAGAAAGAUGGCUUACGCAUGGAUGCUGCAAUAAAAAGGAUGAAAGAAUAUGCCUCAAAAGAUGAUCACAGAGAUUUUGCCGGAGAACUUGAAGUUCUUUGUAAACUUGGACAUCAUCCCAACAUCAUCAAUCUUUUGGGAGCAUGUGAACAUAGGGGGUAUCUUUACCUUGCUAUUGAAUAUGCCCCCCAUGGAAAUUUACUGGACUUCCUUCGUAAAAGCAGAGUACUAGAGACAGACCCAGCAUUUGCUAUUGCCAACAGUACUGCAUCUACACUUUCCUCUCAGCAACUUCUGCAUUUUGCAGCAGAUGUUGCCAAAGGGAUGGACUAUUUGAGCCAGAAACAGUUUAUUCAUCGAGAUUUGGCAGCAAGAAAUAUCUUGGUUGGAGAAAAUUAUGUUGCAAAAAUAGCUGACUUUGGCUUAUCCAGAGGCCAAGAAGUUUAUGUUAAGAAGACCAUGGGACGGCUUCCAGUGCGAUGGAUGGCAAUUGAAUCUUUGAAUUACAGUGUUUACACCACAAAUAGUGAUGUAUGGUCAUAUGGUGUCCUCCUAUGGGAAAUUGUUAGUUUAGGUGGAACACCAUAUUGUGGAAUGACAUGUGCAGAACUAUAUGAAAAACUCCCUCAAGGGUACCGACUGGAAAAGCCUCUCAACUGUGACGAUGAAGUGUACGACCUAAUGAGACAGUGCUGGAAAGAGAAACCAUAUGAAAGACCAUCAUUUGCUCAGAUACUGGUGUCACUGAACAGGAUGUUAGAAGACAGAAAGACCUAUGUGAAUACUACCCUGUAUGAGAAAUUUACUUAUGCAGGCAUUGAUUGCUCCGCUGAAGAAGCUGCUUAAGAUGGGACAAAUCUUCAUUCAUCAGUGAUUGAUUACAGAAAACCAAACUUCAAUCUGCUGGAGCCCAAAAUGUGAUGUGCUGUGUAGAACUGUGUAUAGCUCUAACUAUAUAUGAUACAGCAAUACCGUUUCACCACAGUGAUGUGUGUGUAUAUCACACAGUAUAUACCUGUGUCCUCACAGGCUGUAGAAGUGUAUAUACUGUCCAAAGCAGCUAUAGACUGAAGUCAUGAAAUCUGUUUUUUCAUACGCAGGGUUUUCUUUUUUUCCUAGUCAUGUAGAUAUAAUGUCUACAUACAUAUUGUAAUGCAUUAGAUAUUGCCAUCUUAGAGAGUUUGGCUUAUAUUUUCCAAGAGCUACUCAUAGCCAAGUGGUAACUUGGCAGUAUUCCAUAUACAUUUCCUUGUGUUUGAAACAAAAAUGCUGGGCAGUUGCAGUACAACAAUGGCAGUUGUGAGCCAGUGUGCUCAACAAGGAUAAUUAAGACAGACAGACUCCUGUUUGAAUGCAAAAAUCAGCUAGUAAAAAUAAUCUAGUCAAAAGUUCUGUUGACACCCGUAAGAUAUAAGGCAUGCUAUUGCUCUUUCAUUACCUAGUGUGACUGUCAGGUUUUGCCCAUAUGCAAAAGAUACAUUUAUUUUGAAGUGUUAAAUGCUAUCAGAGGCAGCCAUUAUUCAUGAAGCGCAGUGUUGAUGAGCCUACUACAUAUUGUAAAGCACAAUUUUACAACUCACCUGGAUAUACAUGAGAUUUAUUCCAUUUGUAUUUCAUUUAAAAAUUUCACUGCAUACCUAUAAAUUACUACCUAUUAUAUAGAAGCAGGGCUUACUUACUUUUGUUUAUUUUACCCUCUCAUUCUGCCUAUAGUGUGGUAAAAAUAUCCUACUCAAAUGCUUCAAAACAGUGAUAUUUGACAUGCCAGAAAGGUCCUUAGUUCUUAGGUGAGACAAAGAGAGGCAGGAUUGGCUUCAGCUUCUGGUGUCUAGCCAAGUAAGAGGGAUUUGGUGGAUUUACUCUAUCCGAACUUUACAUAUUAACCAACAUCAUAUUUUGCACAUAUGUUCCCCUCUUGCCCUUGCCUUACCAGCUCAUAACUGUCCACCAGACCACAGUGGCUUCCCAGUUGGGUGCAAUAGGUCAUCCUCUAAGACUUGGAGAAAGAUGAUUGAGAGAGUGCAAGAUUUCCCCUUCUGAUUCUUACUUUAUGGCUGGGUAGGUGAUUGGUUACCAGGUGGGGAUAUCCCAGCAGAAUAGAGAGUAACAUGAAUGACAUACACCAGACUAACUAAACCAGAAGCACCAAGAGCUCUAUUAAAAGGGAAGAAGCCAACAAACAAGGGUGCUGAGAUGACUUGUACAGCCUUGAGAUAGGUAGAACUUGCACUGUAAAUCAGGUGCUAGAUGUAAACUAGGAGUUUAUUGUUGGGGAUUAAAAUAAGUUUACUUAUAGAAUAUUAAAAAUUAUCUGUGUAGGUUUAAGUUUAAUUGUAACUUGCUUUCACCUUAGCAUGAGAGUGCCCUGCUCAAACCUUAGCGUAGGUGAACUUUAAAUGAACUCUGUUAUCAUAAUGGCUAAGCAGUGGAGAAAACAAAGAAAGACUGGUUAUCUGCAGGUAAGGGCUGAGACCCUGGAGGGCCCCAAGACUUCCCCAAGCAGUAAGAUAAGAGCAGUUAAUGGCACAUGAACAUGGAGAGUCCAGUGAGGUGUUAGAAGACCCCAGACCAUAAAUCACCAUAGGACUAAGAGGCUCAUGCAGGGCACGUGAGGAGUGCAUGAAGGUUGAGUGCACAGAGUGUAAGGGUACAAAGGCCCAGGGAUUUCUUUGGUCAGGGUCCCUCUCUGGUGGCAUCCAGCUCAAACUGAAAUAAACUGACUCUGCCUUAGAACCCACGGUCUGAUCUCUCCUUUCAUGUUUACAAAGAGCACACCG